AUGAACUUCGACUACCCCCCAGAGCUAACUGCCCAUCUCUCAACCCUCGACACCUUCAUCAAAUCCACAAUCCUCCCCCUCCAGCACGCCGCCAACAACAACCGCUUCUUCGACCACCGCCGCGAACAUGCCCGCACAAACUGGGAAGCAGGCGGCCUGCCACGCAAAGAAUGGGAGGACCUCCUAAAUCAUGCCCGCCUCCUCGCCGACACGGCAGGCCACUACCGCUUCGCCCUCCCAAAAAGCUACGGCGGCACCUCCCACCCUUACACAAACCUCUAUAUGUCCGCCAUCCGCCUCCAUCUCGCCUCCCACCCAACAUACGGCGGCGGCCUAGGCCUCGCAAACGACCUGCAAAACGAACAUAGCAUCGUCGGCAACUUCCCCGACAUCCUCAUGCUGCACCAUUUCGGGACCGACGAGCAAAAGCGCACCUUCAUCCCCGCUCGCCUAAACGGGACCUUCCGGACAACAUUUGGCCUCACGGAGCCAGACCACGGCAGCGACGCAACCUUCAUGAGCACCGUCGCGGAGCGCAGAACGAACCCCGCCGGCGUUGCGGGGUGGACACUCAACGGCGCGAAGAAGUGGCAAACGGGCGCGCACAACUGCACGCACAUGAUCAUCUUCGCGCGCGCGAGCGGAAAGCCUGGCGAGGCGCGCGGCAUAACGGCGUUCCUUGUCCCCAGUAGCACAGAGGGAAUCGAGAUAGCCAGCUACGAGUGGACAUUCAACAUGCCAACGGACCAUGCAACGGUGACAUUGAACAACGUCUUCGUGCCCGAGUCAGGAAUACUAGGCGAAGUCGAUCAUGGCCUCGCGCUCGCACAGACAUUCGUGCACGAGAACCGCAUCCGGCAAGCAGCGAGUUCAUGCGGCGCGGCGAAGUAUUGUCUUGAUCGGGCGAUUGCGCGCGCGAACGAGAGGAGCGUCUGGGGGGCGGGGCGGAAAUUGAGCGAGCAUCAGGGGAUCCAGUUCCCUGUUGUGGAGCUCAUGACGCAGGUGGAGAUGCUGCGGCUUUUGAUUCUGCGGACGAGUGUGAGGAUGGAUGGUAUUGUGGGGGAAUGUGAGGGGACGAAGGAUGUGCCUUGGGUGCGCAUUGAGCGGGAGCUUAGCGGGGAGGUUGCGAUGUGUAAUUAUUGGGCGAAUCGGUUGGCUUGUCAGGCGGCGGAUCGGGCGAUUCAGAUCCACGGCGGCGACGGAUACUCGCGACACUACCCCUUCGAGCACAUCUACCGGCACUUCCGGCGGUAUCGGAUUACGGAGGGGUCGGAGGAGAUUCAGAUGCGGAAGGUUGCGGCUUAUUUGUUUGGGAUGGGUGGGAAGGGCGGUGGUAAGGAGAAGGAAAAGGGGAAGUUGUAG